GUAUUAUAGUUUGCUAAAACUGCUGUGAUGUAAAUUAAAAAAUACAUAAAUUAAAUGUAUAAACAUUUAUUGAAAUUGCGCUAUGGUUAUCAACCAAGUAUAAAAUUUACUCAUGUUCAUGCUUCAACCUAAUAUACUCCAGUGAAAAUGACAGUAAGAGAAGCUAUUAACCUUGCAAUGGAUGAGGAAUUGGCACAUGAUCCAAAUGUGUUUUUACUAGGUAUUUGAUAAAAUAUAAUAUAUAUUAGGUGAGGAAGUGGGACAGUAUUAAGGUGCAUACAAAGUAUCAAAAGGAUUGUUUUAAAAAUAUGGAGGAGAUAGAGUUAUAGAUACACCAAUAACAGAAGCCGGUUUUACAGGUAUAGCAGUAGGAGCAGCACUUUAUGGAUUGAAACCUAUUGUAGAGUUUAUGACUUGGAAUUUUGCAAUGCAAGCAAUCGAUCAUAUCAUCAAUUCUGCAGCUAAAUCACGUUAUAUGAGUGCUGGAGAUUAACAGGCUUCAAUUGUCUUUAGAGGAAUUAAUGGGUAAGAUCACAAAUUUAUAACCCUUUAGUGCCACAGCUUAUGUUGCAGCUUAACAUUCAUAAUGUUUUGCUUCAUGGUAUAGUAAUGUACCUGGAUUGGUUGUGUUAGCUCCAUUUGAUUGUGAUGAUGCUAAAUCACUUCUUAAGGCAGCUGUAAGAAAUCCUAAUCCGGUGGUAUUUUUGGAGAAUGAAAUAUUAUAUAGUGAGACUUUUGAACUUUCAGCAGAAGCAAGAGAUCCAAAUUAUUUAGCACCAAUUGGAAAAGCUAAAAUUAUGAGAUAAGGUGAUCAUGUUACUAUUAUUGCAUUCUCAAAAAUGGUUUAAUAUUCACUUAGAGCAGCUGAAUAACUAUUUAGAGAAGGAAUCAAUUGUGAAGUUAUAAAUUUAAGAAGUUUAAGACCAUUAGAUAGAGAAACUAUCCUUGAGAGUGUCAAAAAGACAGGUCGUGUAGUUUGUGUAGAAGAAGGAUGGCCAUAGUCUGGUAUUUCUGCUGAAAUAACAGCACUUAUUAUGGAGGGAGGAGCAUUUAAAUAUUUAGAUGCACCUGUUUAAAGAGUAACAGGAGCUGAAAUACCAACACCUUAUGCAUUUAAUUUAGAAGCUAUGGCAUUCCCAAAAACAGAAUAAAUUGUUGAUGCUGUAUUAAAUGUUUUAAAGGGUGCUCGUUGAUUGAUUAUUCAAUAAUAAUAAUCUAUAUAUAUA